AGUAUUAAAAAUUAUGGCACGUGGUCAACAAAAAAUACAAAGUCAACAAAGAAAUGCUAAAAAGCAAGCUGAUUUAAAGAAACCAUCUAUAGAUUCAAAAAAAGCUGCUGCUAAAGCACUUCAUUAUACAUGUCCUGUGUGUAAAACUCAAGUACCAGAUGUUAAAACAUAUAAACAACAUUUUGAAAAUAAACAUCCAAAAAAUUCAUUACCACAAGAAUUAAUUGAAGUUGUUUAAAUUAUAUUCAUUAGUUAAAACAAAAAAAAAAGAUUCAUUUAUUCAUUCAUCCAUUCAUUCAUUCAUUCAAAGUAAACUAUUUUUUAAUUUUAC